AUGGACGCAAGUACGAGUGGAAAUGAGAGGACAACGAGGAGCGCAGUCGCAAGAGCAAAGGGUGGUGCACCGAAAUUGAAGCUCAAAUUGGGAGAGAAGUCGGCCGCACAGGCACCUGGGAUGUCUUUCCUUGGGGCGUAUGAUCGUGAGCUCGACUCGGACGACGAGGACUUGUCGUUUGAAGAGCAGUUCAUAUUGCGCUUCCCGCCCGGGGAAGACCUGGAGAAGUUGAGGAAGAUGGUUGCGAACAGGGAGGUUAGCAAUGACGUUUGGUUCAAGUUCAAAGACUCUAGAAGGGCGGUAUUCCAUAUAGGCAACAACCUGUACUCUGCCAAACUGGUCGAUCUGCCAUGUAUCAUCGAAUCCCAGAAAACUCUGGACAACAAGCAGAUGUUCAAAGUUGCAGACAUUUGUCAAGCACGUACCAACAUGCUAGUAGUGGAGGAUAAAAUCCAAGAUGAAAGCCAGGUGGCCAACCAGCGCAACUUCAAUAUCGACGACUUUGUCUGGCCCCACGGAAUCACUCCUCCUCUACAUCACGUUCGGAAACGACGGUUCCGGAAACGCGUGAACCGGAGAACAAUUGAGAGUGUGGAACAAGAAGUAGAGAGGUUGCUGGAAGAGGAUGCCGCUGCAACAGAAGUCAAGUAUGAACAGGAAGCUCCCCUUGACGCACCCACACCCGCGGUGUCCGAUCUAGGUGAAGCCGCAACGCCAGGUGCUGACCUAGGCGAAGAAUAUGACGAAGAACCCGAAGAGAACGAAGAAGAGGAGGAAGAGCAGGAGGGUGACAUUGACGAGGAGUUGGCGGCAGAGCUUGACCUUGCUUUGGGCGACGAGGAGGAAGUGGAAGAGGAAGGUGAAGAGGAGGAAUCGAGCGAAGAAGAGGAAGACGAGGAUGAGGAUGACGAAGAGGCGCAGGCAAGGCAGUUAUUGAACGAGGAAAUCAGGGACCUCCAGGCCGCUGUAGCUAAGAAGGAGAAUGAGAUUACCAGCUCUGCAAAUCCUUUGCUAAAGAAACGAUUCCAGGAUGCUCUGAAGAAGUUGACUGCAGACCUGGAGCUCAAAAUCUCGCAACGUGACGAAAUGAGAGAAAAGCAGCGGUUGAAGAAAGAGGGAGGGGAUCAAGGAGGACAGGCAGGCCCAAAUGCCAACCAGGCUGAGGAUGACGACGACGAUCUCUUCGGAAAUGAUGACAUGGAAAUGGACAUUGGUUAA